AGCUGUCGGUGAAUACGGCCCAGUUUGCCAAGAGCCUGGCCAUGCUGGGGAGCUCCGAGGACAACACGGCCCUGUCCCGGGCGCUCUCCCAGCUGGCGGAGGUGGAGGAGAAGAUCGAGCAGCUGCACCUGGAGCAAGCCAACAGCGACUUCUUCCUCCUGGCCGAGCUGCUGAGCGACUACAUCCGCCUCCUCUCGGUCGUCAGGGGUGCCUUUGACCAGCGAAUGAAGGGCUGGCAGCGCUGGCAGGAUGGCCAGAUCAUGCUGCAAAAGAAACGGGAAGCGGAGGCCAGGCUGCUGUGGGCCAAUAAACCCGACAAGCUUCAGCAAGCCAAGGAGGAGAUCUCAGAGUGGGAAUCGCGAGUGACGCAGUACGAACGGGAGUUUGAGCGGAUCUCAGCGGUUCUCCGCAAAGAGGUGCUGCGGUUCGAGAGAGAGAAAACAAAGGACUUCCGGACCAACGUGACCAAGUACCUGGAGACCCUCUUGCAUUCACAGCAGCAGCUGGUCAAGUACUGGGAUGCGUUCCUGCCGGAGGCCAAGGCCAUCUCUUAACCAAGAUUGAGCAAACGUCUCCCCUCCCCGGACAGACUGCCUUGACUACAUUAUACCUCCUUGGCCUUUCAGACGGAUCCCCCCCCCCCCUGCCCUCCUCGGAGCCGAUAGACUCAGUCCCCGCUGAAAGAGCGGCUUUCCCAGCUAGUAACUCUUCUAACUGUAUAUUUUCCCCCCUCCUGUCUAGGUUCAUAUGCGCACACAUAUAAAUAUAUCUAUUUUCCUAUUUGAAGAGAAACUAGUUUUCCUGCUUGAAAAGAAAAGCCUCCAGGCCCUGCCGUAGGUAGCCGAGCUGAGGCAGAGGUCUAACGUGUAUUUUUCUGACUUUGGUCUGGGGCCCGGGGAAAGCUUCCCGUGACCCCCUUGCCACGCCAUGAAGAAUGUAUAAUAAAACUUAAAAAUCAGGGCACGGCG